UUAUACCAUUCCAAUAUGGCGUUGCUCUUCACGGAUCUUAGACAACAGUUACAAGCCUGCGUGCCACAGUAAUAAGCUGCUAGAAGUAUUUAGCCAUCAGAUGUUUCCACUUAAUGUGCUUUUAUUUUAUUUGAAACAUAUUUUGUUUUUUGUUUUGUUUUUUGCUGCAGCGUUGUCAAAAUGUCUAAAAAUGUACAUUUCUAAGUAAGAUUUCAUUGUGCAGUGUUUGCUUGUGUAUUAUUACUUGGUGUGGUAUAACUGAAACCAUUUCAGGAAACAAAUGAACGAGAGGAAAGUUUUGACAGACUUGUCAGUCGGGUUUGAACGUGAUUGACUGUGAACGCAACACCUUUACUACUGAGGGGGACGUUAGUUAGCUAAUUGCUCGGUGUUUGGUUCUUAUAAAAACUAACUCCUCGUUUACUUAUAAACUAAUUCUACUUUGCUUAAAGAUAGUCUAUGAUAAUUUAUAUAAAGCCACUAGUUCAGUCAGUGUUUACUGGAAAGCUGAACUGAGACUGCGCUCCUUUGCAGGUUAGCUUCAGUCAGACAUUGGAAUCGCCCCCAUCUGACCGUCAUAAUGGUUUGUUCCGGUUUUGUUGGACAGGGGAACUGCCCCGGCCUUUGAUUGGUGGACAGCCUGCCACGUGGUCGUUUCUUUACUAUCAUGAUCCCACGCUUGAUUUGAGUCGACAGUCCGGUUACACUGCGGCACAGCGCGCCCAGAUUUCCGCAGAGGUUUCAUCUGCAGCUUCUGGACCUCCUGUAGGGACAAGUUCUGCAAAUUUUGACAGUAAUAAGGAGCUUUUUUUAUAUAAUCGUCAUGGCUCUUAGAACUUUUGACAUCGAUGCUCAACGGUGGGAUCAGUCGACGUUCAUGGGCAGACUGAAGCACUUCUUCAACAUCACAGACUGCAGGACUGCACUCUUACCGGACUCAAAGCUGGAUGAAGCCAAAGCUUUAGUAGAAAGCUGCAGGGCGGGAUCUGUUCCUCCAGGCACCACCGUGGAGCAGCUCUACUACGCCAAGAAGCUUUAUGACUCCGCCUUCCAUCCAGACACGGGAGACCGCAUGAACCUCAUCGGGCGCAUGUCCUUCCAGGUCCCUGGAGGCAUGGCCAUCACAGGCUUCAUGCUGCAGUUCUACAGAACAGUUCCGGCUGUGGUGUUCUGGCAGUGGGUGAAUCAGUCCUUCAACGCUCUGGUCAACUACACCAACCGCAACGCCGCGUCCCCCAUCACCUCAAAGCAGAUUGGAGUUGCCUACAUCACAGCGACCAGCACAGCUUUAGCGACAGCAGUUGGACUUAACCUCUACACAAAGAAAGCUCCGCCUCUUGUGGCUCGCUGGGUCCCCUUUGCAGCUGUGGCUGCAGCCAACUGUGUUAACAUUCCCAUGAUGAGACAGCAGGAGAUUCUGAACGGUAUCGCUGUCACGGAUGAAAACGGCAACAAACUGGGACACUCCAAGAGAGCAGCAGUCAAAGGAAUCACUCAGGUCGUCGUUUCACGGAUCACCAUGGCAGCACCAGGAAUGAUCAUCCUCCCUAUAAUCAUGGAACGGAUGGAAAAGUACAAGUUCAUGCAGCGAAUCACAUUUCUCCACGGACCAAUUCAAGUCAUGAUGGUUGGAGUAUUUUUGGUCUUCAUGGUGCCUGCAGCCUGCUCGCUGUUCCCUCAGAGAUGUUCUAUGGCCGUGUCAAACCUGGAACCCGAGCUGAGAGACUCCAUCGUUUCUCAAUAUGGAGACAGCGUCAAGCAGGUCUACUUCAAUAAAGGCCUCUGAAGCCAAAAGAGGCUUAAAUUGUGUCUUCUGUGCGACACAAGAUCAGAAACGCGUUUACACGACAUGUCUUAAUUUUCAAAUUGAAAUCCUUUUUUGUUACCGUAGAGCCAGGAAGAUGACUUCUGAUUUGCUCAUUUUUAACUGCUUCUUUAAUUUUUUAAUUCUUGCAAAAAAUUCUGCUAAUUUUACUACCAUUCAGAAAAUAAAUGAUCAUCUCAGGAACCGUAUGUCACUUUCCCAGAUGAAAUCUGUGUUGUCAACAUGUGGACCUAAUUUGUUGCUGUUUUUAUCAGCCUUUAGUUGGAAACUCACUUUCUAACGGCUGCCGGUGCCGUUCCCAGAUAUGAAAGAACAUAAACAAUGUGCUUGGUUUUCUUUUUCACUGGUAUCAGCUUUAUUCUUUUGGGUUCAGUAACAUCUGUGGAUCUUGAAGAGCUUUAAUGAGGAGCUUGUUCUUGAAAGUGGAGCUGCUGCCAUCUUCUGACUGGAUACAGCUAGAUGGACGAUAACUGCCAGUCAUGGUUUCCCUGUGAAAAUCGUAGCUCGAACAUUAAUGAGGAAGAAAAAAAGGUUAUUGCUUUUUUCUUUUUAUUUUAAUAAAUAAUUUUUUUUAAUGAAUGCAAAGCAUGCAUGUUUGCCUUCAAAGGGCUUUAAUAAAAACAGAAAAGUGGAAAUCUUUUCACUUUUAGUGGAAACUUAUGGGAGUAAAUGUAACAGCAUUUCAGAUUAUUAAUACUACAAGAUGAACGUGUACUGUAGUGAGUUUUCAGCUAUAUGUUUCAACACUGUGGGCCAAAAGCAUUCAAAUUCUAUCAAUCUACAGGCUUCUUUCAUAAUUAUGUGAAUAUGCAGGCUCAGCACUUUCUAAAAACUACAAAUUCUCAAAUGUGGUUGGCUAAAUUUUAACCGUGGCAACACUGUCACAUGACACUUCACAACGUUAACAGUAAUGAAAAAAGAUGUGUUGAUGGUAAGGGACACCACUUCCAGGACAAGUGGAAAUUGUCAUAUUUUUCUGUGGGAUUUGACAAAACUUUGUUUAUCUAUUAUGCUAAGACACAACAUACAGGUACUAUCUGGGACAACCUUGUGAUAUACGGUGUAAAAAUUGACAGUCAUUUUCGUAAAAACAUGUUUCAAUGUAUUUGUUAAAAUUAAAAUUAUGGAUUUUCAAUAAAGUGUUUAUGAAAUAGUU